ACUUUCCAUUAAAUAAUAAAAACUCACCCUCCCCCCUAAAAAAAUUAGUACAACAAAAAUAUCUGUGUUUGGUCUUCUAUUAAACCCUCCAAGUUUGAACCACAGCCGUUGAUCAUCCAAAAAAAGGAACAUCACCAUUUAAAAACUAUUUAAAGUGGCGGUUUCUGGAGACUUCUAAUGUCUUAGCGUUUAAUUACAGAAAGUGAUCAUCUUCUAUUUUCCUCUGUUUUUCCUUCUUACAAAAAAAUAUGUUCCUUUUUCUUACAAUUUGCAUACCAAAAUAUUCUAUUCAAAAUAUAAAUAUUGGUUUCUAUUUAUAGACCAAAUUUAUAUCAAAUUUGUCGACAACAAACGGGUGAAAUCUUUUUUUUUUUUUUUUUUUCUAAAAAUGGCAAACGGGGGAGAGAAAAAGAAUGAUGAUUACUACUAUAAAGUACUUGGCUUGGAGAAAGAAUGCUCUCCAAUUGAACUCAAAAAUGCUUAUAGAAAGCUUGCUAAGCAAUGGCACCCAGAUCGCUAUUCAGCAUCUGGAAAUUUGAAGUUUGUAGAAGAAGCAAAAAUGAAAUUUCAAGCUAUUCAAGAGGCUUAUUCUGUUCUAUCCGAUGAGACAAAAAGAUUUUUGUAUGACGUUGGAGUCUACGACAAAGAUGAUGACGAAAACAAUCAUGGAAUGGGCGAGUUUUUGAACGAGAUGGUUAGCAUGAUGAGCGAAACAAAACCGAGCGAAAAUGGUGAGGAAAGCUUCGAACAAUUACAGGAUAUGUUCGAGGAGAUGUUUCAAAGGGACAAUCAUGAUCACUUAGCGUCUACCUCACAAGGGAUGAACCUUUGUUCAUCGUCGUAUGGAAGUCCACUCGACGGUCCAUGUAGUAUUCACAAGCGAAAUUCAUCCCAAAUGAAUAAAUUUGAAGGAUCAUCAUCCUUCAAUACCAACUAUCAAAGUUUUUCACUAGGGGGUGGAUUGGAUGAGAGCUGGAAAUUCAUUUUUUCCUUCUGUCAGAUGGAAUGCCGCGGAGGUUGGACAAACACAAAGGAACUUAUCGGAACAACUCCAAGAAACGGUGGUAGUUUUGCUACUAGUAGCACUAAUAAUGGCGGUAAUAAUAGUAGAAGACGACAUGGUCGAAAGCAAAAAAGUGCUUCCGAACAUGAUGUGUCUUCGAAUGAUUUCUUCGGCAUUUCUACUUGACCAAGUCUCAUUGUGAUGGUUUGUCGAAUUUCACGUUUGGAAAUUGACAUUAGGAAUUGUGUUGUAUGAGAUUUUUGUACAAUGUUAUUUCAAAAGGCUUGAAGAUUUAUCAUUACUUUGUAGUAGUUUGAUUUUAUACAUGUAAUAGCAAUUAAGAGGACGCCCAUCUGCUUCCCUUUCCAAAAUCUUUUUGGUGUUCAUGUAUGAAGAUCCACAUUUUUUCUCAAUCAAUUGCCAUUAUCCGUUG